AUGCCGUCAACACGCGGCCAUGCUUAUAUUCUCUGCCUCCCCUUGGAGAUCCAAUGGUGGAUAUUGCGAUAUCUUGGUAUUCGUGAUCAGGCCUCGCUGUUGCAGACCUGUCGAAGAGCACAGGAGAUUGUAGAGCCGCUGUUGUACCGUAGAUUAUUUACCAAGGCCGGAACAGAUCACGAUACUAAUGGGUUGGUUGAAUUUCUGCUCGAACGACCUUAUAUCGUCGGCGCGGUGCGCUUUCUCGUCCUCGACGAGUUCCACCCCGUUGCGUACCGACAGCUUAUGGGCAUCAAGUUCCUAAAUCUCGAAAGCAUCACUAUGCAACACGGUGGCGAACCUCUGAGCAUCGAGGAUGAGAAGAGGUGCUCCUUAAACCAGCUCGUUAAAGAGCAACCCAACUUAAAGAAUCUGUCAUUUUCGAUCGAGCUAGGAAAUUGGGCAGCUUUCAGAUUUGAGGAGGAUGAUGCUGUAUUAUUUCGCCACAGGAAAUUGCGGCGCAUGCGACUUUCUUAUAUCGACUUUUCCGCAUUUGACAAGCUGGAGGUGGACUACUUUCAACAUACCGAUUUAAGGGGGCUCUUUAUCGAAUUAUGCUGGUAUAACCACGAAGCGCUGGAUAGACUCUUAUCCCCAUCGACAAGGCUGCAGAAUCUUUUGAUCGGCCAUAACGAUCAAUUGCCAUUUUCAGAGCGGCUCUAUCCCAGCUUAUUAGCCCCGGCUCAGGAGAGCCUAAGGAUACUGGAUUUCACUUGGCGAUGGAAGCUCCCCGUCGAGGACCAAGGCAUGGAUCUGACUCAGUUCAGAAAUCUGCAUUUCCUCCGGAUACCCCCUAUCUAUCUCCUCGGAAGCGCGUAUAUGGACGAUUCCGCAUUGCCGGAGCUCAUCCGGACGAGAUUCCCGCCGAACCUGAAGAUGCUGCUUCUGGAGAACAUCGUGCCGCGGUCCAUCCGAGUGAUGAACGAGCGGGGCAUAGUUUUCCCCGGGUACCCACCGCCGGGCUAUACUCUGGAGCUAACGCUUCGGCCGCGGGAUUACCAGCUCGUCCGGUUCCUAAUCGCCGAGAAGCACCGCGUGUUGCCCCGACUCAAGUACGUGCUCAUGUAUUACAUGGAGUUCAUGCAGGAUUUCCUGGAUUUCUACCCGCUAGUCAAGGACAACGGAGCCGGACCGGGUCCUGUUUUGACUACGGAUUAUUUGAAUCCAUUACUGGAUUGGUUAGACGAGCUCUAA